AUGGGUAGCAAGGCCCCAAAGAGCGUACGCAUUGGCGUUGAUGUCGGUAAGCCUGGAAAGCCUGUAUCAUUCACAAGAGCAGCAUUGACAACGCUAUGCAGGAGGGACGAACACAGAUGCAGUAGCGAUAGAGCCCUCGCAACAACUCACACCAUCCCGAGGCGUACUCGCUCACCACAAGACUCCCACAACUCCGGACGUCACAGCCGGAAUCGAAGACGCCGUUCGUACCGUUCUCGAGAAAUCACAGCUCCCCUCAGAAAGCAUUGCCAGCGUGACGGUGGGGACGACUCACUUCAUCAACGCCGUAAUCGAGCAGGACGCCAGACGCCUACGCCGUGUGGCAAUCAUACGACUGUCCAAGAGCUUUCUCAGAGAAGUCCCUCCAUUCUCCGAAUUCCCACCCGGCCUAACGAGCAUAAUCAAAGGCUAUGUUGGAUACGUCGACGGUGGUCUACAUAUCGAUGGCUCCGAGGAGGCUCCGAUACGGGAAGAGCAAGUCGUGGAGAGAUGCGCGGAGAUCAAGAAGCUUGGCCUGAAUGCUAUAGUCGUCGUGGGGGCCUUCUCGCCGAUCGACGAGGGGUUCAAGCAAGAAGACAGAGUGAGAGACAUCAUCCUCAGGGAGAUGCCUGGCGCAGAUGUAAUCGUCUCCCACGAGGUGGCCAACAUCGGGCUUCUGGAGCGGGAGAACGCGAGUAUUCUCAACGCCGCGAUCUUGAGAUAUGCAAAGCGGACGGUGAAGGGCUUCAGACGGGCAAUGAAAGCUCUGAAGUUGACCUGCCCUCUGUUCUUAACGCAGAACGAUGGCACGUUGCUGGACUCUGCCGCGGCUGCCAAUAUCCCCAUUCGGACCUUUUCUUCUGGUGCUACAAACUCCAUGCGAGGUGCCGCUUACUUGGCUGGUCAUGAGACGGGCAAUUCCUCCGCUAUCGUGGUCGAUAUCGGAGGAACGACAAGCGAUGUAGGAGUUCUUUUGCCCUCGGGCUUACCGAGACAAGCGUCGGCCUAUGUGACUGUUGCCGGCGUCAGAGUCAACUAUUCCAUGCCAUCUCUACAUUCCAUUGGUCUAGGAGGAGGCUCAAUCGUCCGCGAAACAGAUGGCAAGGUCACAGUCGGACCAGAUUCUGUGGGUCACUAUCUGACUCGAGAUGCACUGGUGUUCGGCGGUAAAGUGACAACAGCCUCCGAUAUUGCAGUUGCUGCUGGCAAGGCGGAGAUGGGAGACAAGAAGGCUGUGGGCACGCUCGACUUGAGCUUGGUAGAGCAGGCUCAACAGCGAAUCAAGGGUCUGUUAGAAGGCGCAAUCGAUAUCAUCAAGACUUCUCCAGAACCGCUACCAGUUCUGCUUGUGGGAGGCGGCGCAGUGCUGGCCCCAUCUGAGCUGAAAGGAGCCUCGGAGCUGAAGCUACCUCCAUUUCACGACGUCGCGAAUGCUGUCGGAGCCGCCAUCUCAAAGGUCGGCGGUAUAGUCGACAUCAUUCAGGGCGUCGCGGAUCAAUCCGUCACUCAGGCAAUUGAGAGAGCGAAGUCCAUUGCGAUCCAACGAGCCGUAGAUGCCGGUGCCAUUCGAGAAAGCGUCAUAAUCGCAGAGGUCGAGAGCUAUCCAGUAACUUACGUCGCCAACCAAUUGCGGACCAUUGUCAAGGCUGUGGGCGAGCUCGAUAUUAACAUGCAGCCCGAGCAGCUCAACGACGACGAAGCCGAUGAUCCAGACCAGGAGCCAGAAGCGGCGAAGUCUUUCGCCGUAAAGAUUGUCGAUGAGCCUCCCGUCGAUCCUCGUACUUAUACCCCAACUGUACUCAAGAAUGCACAGACUGGCAUUCCAGAGUGGCACAUCACAGAAACCGAUAUCAAUUAUCUCGCGGAUGGCUGCUAUGUCUUGGGUUGCGCUGGAGGAGGAAGUCCAGCUGCUUCUCGCAUUCAACUUCGGGAUAUGCUUCGUGCAGGCUAUAAGAUGCGUGUUGUCGAUGCAUCUGCUCUGAAGGAGGAUGCUAGUAUUUACUGGGGUGGUCAUAUGGGCUCACCGGCUACUUCGAACGAACGACUGCAGUCUCUCGAGACUGUCAGGGCUUUUGAGGCCUUGAUGGAAUAUCUGCAUCAAGAUUCGUUUGAUGCAGUGAUGGGCUUGGAGAUAGGCGGUGCCAAUGGCUUGGAGCCUUUCCUCGUAGGGUGAGUCCCUUCACCUCAAUAACAUCAGGCGACCAAGUAGCUAACGCGACAUCUACAGAUCCUCGCGCUUCUACGACCGACCAGUAAUCGACGGCGACUGGAUGGGCAGAGCCUAUCCCACAUACUGGCAGACCACCAUCGCCGUCCACGCCCCGGGCGAGCUCGUACCCUGCGUGAUCGACUCCGGCGACGGCAAGACCAUCAUCAUGACCAAGGCCCCCAACGACGAAAUCGUCGACCGAGCCCUCCGAGCUUCCUGCGCCGAAAUGGGCAGCAGAGUCGGCAAAGCGGCCAAACCCACCACCACCCAACGCGUCCGCGAUUUCGGCGUCCUCAACACCGUCUCCCUGGCUUGGCGAAUCGGCCGGUGCAUUUCCCUGGCCGAGGCAACGAAUACCCUCUCCACCGUCGCCGAAUCCAUCGUGCACGAGGUCGGGGGCGAAAAGAGCGCCAAGAUCCUCUUCCGUGGGAAGAUCAUUGGCGUUGAGAGGAGAUUGUUCAAGGGUCAUUCUUAUGGGAGUAUCACCAUCGCAGGCCUUUCUACCGAUGAAGAAGACGAACCUUCUUCUUCGAAUGUGAAACGUCUACCUGCUGUUGUCAGCACGGGUACGGUUACGAUUCCGUUCAAGAAUGAGAAUAUCUACGCGGAGCAUACGGAUGUGAAUGGGGAGAAGACGAUUAUUGCGAGUGUUCCGGAUCUGAUCUGUGUGCUCGAUACGGCUUCUGGGAGGAGUUUGGGGGUGCCGGAAUUUAAGUAUGGGUAUAGGGUUACGGUUCUGGGCAUCACUUGUAGUCCGAGAUGGUCUGAUACGGAGAUGGGACUGAAGAUUGGAGGGCCUGUGGCUUUUGGGUACGAUAUUCCGUACAAGGCUCUUGGGGAGUAUGUCGAGCCGAGGAGCGUGAUUGAGGAGUUCGCGCCAAUAUAG